GAGGGUUUAGGCUGGUCUCCGGUGACCUCCUAGUCCUAAAUCUUGAUACCCUUGCAAGAGCUUUGAGCGUGUGGGGUCCCGGGCGUUCGGGGUCCCGGGUGUGUGCGGUUUGUAUAGCCUGAAGCCGGGGUCCUCCGCGCUCGCGUCCUCCGCAGCUGGACUGAAGAGACGCGUCCCAGCCCUGCGGGGAUGGAACGGACCGAGCUGCUGAAGCCCCGGACCCUGGCCGACCUCAUCCGAAUCUUGCAUGAGCUCUUCGCCGGGGACGAAGUCAAUGUGGAGGAGGUGCAGGCUGUGCUGGAAGCCUACGAGAGCAAUCCUGCCGAGUGGGCUUUGUAUGCCAAAUUCGAUCAAUACAGGUAUACUCGAAACCUUGUGGAUCAAGGAAAUGGGAAGUUUAAUCUGAUGAUUCUGUGCUGGGGUGAAGGGCAUGGCAGCAGUAUUCACGAUCACACGGACUCCCACUGCUUUUUGAAGCUGCUGCAAGGAAAUCUAAAGGAGACAUUGUUUGACUGGCCUGACAAGAAAUCCAACGAGAUGAUCAAGAAGUCUGAAAGAACUUUGAGGGAAAAUCAGUGUGCCUACAUUAAUGAUUCUAUUGGCUUACAUCGAGUAGAGAACGUCAGCCACACAGAGCCUGCUGUGAGCCUUCACUUGUACAGUCCACCUUUCGAUACAUGCCAUGCCUUUGACCAACGAACAGGGCAUAAAAACAAAGUCACCAUGACAUUCCACAGCAAAUUUGGAAUCAGAACUCCAUUUACAACUUCAGGUUCACUGGAGAACAACUAAGACCUGCCAAGCCUUUCAAAGUUUUGCUUCUGGGUCGUUGGAAUGUUUUACCUUGGAUAAGAGAGGCCACCCAUCAUUUGCUGUCCAGUUAUACAUUUUAAUAAGUCCAUGCUCAGUGUGUAUACUAAGGAAGCAAACCAUCCCCUGAGCUAUGCAGGAGAAAAAUCCCACUAAAGAAAAAGUCACUUGAUUUUUAAUAGCCAAAUCACCUUGCUCCCAGUUCUUCUGUCUUCUAACUCCAUGGAAAUUCUAUUGGGAGUUCUCAGUGGGGUUUUUUUUCAACCUUAGGAAACACUUCUGGUCUCUGAACUCUAAUAAUCAAUAAGUAAAAAUGAAGAAACCACAAGCUAUCACAUGUCUGUUUUCAUACCUGGAAGUCUAAGUGUGGAAAUCUUUAAUUUACUUUGUAUGUUCUUAAUGUUUGACAAGAAUUUUUUUAAAUCUUGGUUUUCAGUUUUUUCAACCCUGUUUGACAAAUUCCUAUGCUGUGGAGACUAGGGAUGCAGAUAGCAGUUUGGUGUUUGGUAGUGAACAGCAGUGGGGCCAGAAAUGUGCAUGUAUCCAGACCUCCUGCAAAUAAAAACUGAAACUCAUGUGUAAUGUGUGCCACCACCUUAAGCUGCCACCAAAAUUGCCAAACGACUUUAAUAAAACUGGAUUUGAGA